GCAAUAACCAGUCAGUUUUAUCCGGUCUUGUUCUUAUCCCUUAUCUAUGCCAGUCAGAGUCAGUCAGGAGGCAACUGACUUGCCUGUCGACUGUCGCAUUUGUCGUGUGUAUGUUUCGUGGUUUUGUGCACUUUACUAAGCUGUAUUAAAAACGCAGUCUUUAAAAAGUUAUGGAUGUAGAAAAUUCUGUAAACGAAGACUUUUCUGAUUCAAAUAAAAGGAAUAAAGAACGUAACCAUGUGAAUGGAAUAAGUAACGGUUAUUCAGAUAAACAUAAAAGUCAUAAAUCGGACCACAAAGACAAGCAUCGGGAUAAAGAUCGUGAUAAAUCUAAAAAUAAGGAUCAUAAGAGUACUAAUAAGGACAAAGAUAGGCAUUCCUCUAAUUUGAAUGACAAACACAGUUCACAUAAGUUACCCAGUAAAGAAAAGGAACGAAACAAAAAAAGCGAUAGAGAAAAAGAACGUGACAAAGAAAGAUACAAGGAAAAGAAUAAAGAUGAUAAAAAAUCUAGCUCAUCUUCAAAAAAUAAAGAUCACAAAAGCUCAAAAGAUAGGGACAAAGACUAUAAAUCCAAAGAUAAAGAACGAGACCGGGAUAAGGAGAAAAAUGAAAAGGAUAGACAUAAGGAUAAAGAAAAACAUGGUUCAUCAAAGGAUAAGGACCACCAUAAAGAUAAAGUUAAAGACAAAUACAGGGACAAAGAAAAAGUAAAGGACAAAGAAAAGCAUGGCAGUUCAAAAAGUAAAGAAAAAAGGGAUAAAGAGAAAAGAACUGAAAGAGUUAAUGAAGAUGAUUUACUUCCAAAAGAAGAACUAAAAAAUGAAUUUAAAUAUGAUUCUGAAUCUGCCAAAGAAGAAUCUGUAGAUGAUGAUGAACAUAAACUUGUAAUAAAAGAAGAAGCUGAUGAUUUUAACAAUGAUUCAACAGCAAGCAGUUGUGACUAUAGUUUGUCACAAUUUAAAGAUGAACCUCAAUUUACUGAUGCAGAAGAAGAAGCUGAUGAUCCACAAAGGGGAGUUAAAAAAGAACAAUAUGAUGACGAUGAUGAUCUGCCACUGGCAAAUUGUUCAAAAAAUUCUAUGAAACGGAAAAUUGAGUCAGAAGAUGAUGACGACGAUGUGCCUUUGGCCAAAAGAACAAAAAUUAAAAAGGAAAAGGAUAAGGAGAAAAAAAGAAAAAGGACAGAGGAUGAUGAAACUGAAUAUAAACCAAUAAAAAAGGAGAAAAAAGAUAAAAAAGUAAAGAAGGAGACUCUUGACAUAUCUCCAAAUUUAAAGAAAGGAAGUAAAAAAAAGAAAGAAGAAGAGACUCAGGAAGUUUGGAAAUGGUGGGAAGAGGAAAAGAGAGAUGAUGGUACAAAGUGGACAUUUUUAGAACAUAAAGGACCUGUUUUUGCACCUCCUUAUGAACCCCUUCCCAAAGACAUCAAAUUUUAUUAUGAUGGUAAAGAAGUUCGUUUGUCAGAACCUGCUGAAGAGAUUGCAGGCUUUUAUGCAAAAAUGCUUGACCAUGACUAUACGACAAAAGACAUUUUUAAUAAAAAUUUUUUUAAAGACUGGCGUAAAGUAAUGAACGAGGAAGAACAAGCUCUUAUAACUGAUCUAAGUAAGUGUGACUUCAGAAAAAUGCAUGCAUAUUUCAUGGAUGUUGCAGAAAAAAACAGAAAUCGUACAAAAGAGGAAAAAAAAGAGCUGAAAGAAAAAAAUGAAGCAAUUGUGAAAGAAUACGGAUUUUGUACGAUAGAUGGACACAAGGAAAAAAUAGGAAAUUUUAAAAUUGAACCUCCUGGUUUGUUUAGGGGUCGUGGUGAACACCCUAAAAUGGGCAAAUUAAAAAGGCGAGUUGAGGCUGAAGACAUAAUCAUAAACUGUAGUAAAGAUUCAAAAAUACCGGUACCUCCUCCCGGUCAUAAAUGGAAAGAAGUAAGACAUGAUCCAAGCGUCACUUGGCUUGCUUCAUGGACCGAAAAUGUACAAAAUCAAGUAAAGUACAUCAUGUUGAAUCCAAGCUCUAAACUUAAGGGAGAAAAGGACAUGCAAAAAUAUGAGACGGCUCGUCGACUUCACAAAUGUAUAGACAAAAUCCGUCGAGAAUACAAAGAGGAUUGGAAAUCGAAAGAGAUGAGAAUCAGACAGCGAGCUGUUGCACUUUAUUUUAUAGAUCGGUUAGCUUUAAGAGCCGGCAACGAAAAAGACGAGGAUCAAGCAGAUACUGUCGGUUGUUGCUCAUUACGUGUCGAGCACAUUGAAUUACAUGAGGAGCGAGAUGGCAAAGAAUACGUUGUGGUUUUUGACUUUCUUGGUAAAGACUCUAUACGUUACUACAAUGAGGUUCCAGUUGAAAAGCGCGUCUUCAAAAACCUACAGUUGUUUAUGGAAAACAAAAAAGAUGGAGAUGAUUUGUUUGAUCGCUUAAAUACUGCAGUUUUAAAUAAACAUCUUAAUGAACUUAUGGAAGGUUUAACGGCGAAAGUGUUCCGUACGUACAACGCUUCCAUAACAUUACAGCAGCAACUGGAUCAAUUAACCGACCCAGACACAUCAGUCUCAGAAAAAAUACUUGCUUAUAAUCGAGCCAACAGGGCCGUUGCUAUUCUUUGUAAUCAUCAACGAUCUGUACCGAAAGGACAUCAAAAGUCCAUGGAGAAACUUAAGGAAAAAAUAGAUCAGAAAAGAGAACAAAUUCGGGAAGCUGAAGCGCAAGUUAAGGACGCACAGAAAUGUGCUAAACGGGGUAGUGUCAAGGAGAAAACUGUGUAUGAAAAGAAAAAGAAAACGCUGCAGCGACUUAAAGAACAGUUAGUUAAACUGGAAGUACAAGAAACUGAUAGGGAUGAGAAUAAAACAAUUGCCUUGGGCACUUCCAAGUUGAAUUAUUUAGAUCCUCGUAUCUCAGUCGCUUGGUGCAAGAAAUACAAUGUUCCAAUAGAGAAAAUCUAUAACAAAACUCAGCGUGACAAAUUUCGUUGGGCUAUUGACAUGGCUGGACCAGAUUACAUUUUCUAAAGACUUUAAAAGUUGCUCCCAUAUGAUAAUGGUAAUUAAGAUGGUGUUAAAAAAUAAGACAGUAAUUUUAUUAAUGAUGUUACGACCAUUGGGAGGACUUAAAUUAAGUAGCUGUAGAUGGAUAAAAUGUAAAUCGCUUUGUUCUCUUAAAUACCUUGUUUUUUAGGAAAAAGGUACAUCUCUAGGUUUCAGGUGGUAUAAACAAUUCUGUUUGUAUUAUACAUUAGACUAAAGUAUGAAUAUACGGCAAUUAAGUCUUUACAAAGGUAAUUUGUAAUUGUAAUUUGUUUUAAUGAUGUGGAUUUAUUAGUGUAUGAAAUAAAAAGUCCAUAUUACUAAGGUUUAUACAUCAAACGUAACAAGAUGUUUUUCUGCAUUGAUCUAUGGAAGCAUUUUAGAGGAACUGUACUGAUACGGGACAUUUUUGGCCCACACUGAACUGAAAAAUGUUCUAAAACUGAACUAACCACUUUUUAUAAUAGCCCAAAAUACCUGUUUUUUACCUGAUACUCAAAGUUUUUCAUAUACAUGUACAAGAAAAAUGUAAAUGUAAGGUGAAACACACUUUCUGAGUUUCUAUAUUUUUAAGAUCAAGGUGCGUACAGUAUCACCUUACUUUUUGAACAUAUUAAUCCUAAGUAAUUAUUCUUUCAAUUAAAGAAAAUUGAAAAAAUAGUAAUAAAUCAUCAAAAAAAGCUUUCCUACCUACGUAUAUGAAAUAUUUUCGGCAUUUUACUUGUAUAUGGAAAGUAACAAGUUUCUGAAAAGAAAGAGCUUUGUUCAAGAGUUCAGCUUUAGGGUAAUUUUCUUUUUCGAGCUCAGAAUGAGCCGAUAACGGUCUUUAUCAGUCUUUGUGUUU